CAAAAAUAAUUUCGCACUAAAGAGAUAAAAGGUGAGAAAUCCAAGCCUAACAUGUUUUCAUAAUCUUUCAGUUGUCAAGCCAAUUUCAACUUACAAUGUUGUUUUUUAUUGCCUUUCUAACCUUGGCUUCGGCCUUAGAAAAUCUCAGUGUAAAUCUUGGUGACUUACCACUGCAAAAUCCAGAUCUGUUUGGAGGGGACAUGCUUGGAGUUGAUGUGACGGAUCGAAAUGCCAUCCCUCAACCCCAUCUAAAAUGGCCCGGAGCAAAGGUCCCUUACUUCAUUGAUGAUGCUAUCUCUCGUUAUACGAAGCAAAUUCAGAAAGCCAUGGAAAAUUAUCACGAUAACACGUGUGUUCGAUUUGUACCACGAACUACUGAGGCAAACUACAUCAGAAUCUUUGCUGGGCAAGGGUGUUAUUCCAACGUAGGUAUGAUUGGAGGUCAGCAGCAAGUCUCUCUGGGACAAGGGUGCAUGUUCAAGGGAACUAUCGUCCAUGAAUUGGGUCACACUCUCGGGUUCUUUCAUGAACAGAACAGAUCUGACAGAGAUGAAUACUUGAUAAUCUAUUGGAAGAAUAUCAUGACAGGUAAGGACACGCAGUUUCACCUGAUGAAGCCACACGAAAACUUGAUUCUUGAUACAUUUGAUUACAACUCCAUCAUGUUGUACGGCAAUACAGCUUUCUCCAAAGACGGUCGCUCUAAGACUAUGGUCGCUAAAACGGGGGUUCGACUCUACGACACAUUUGACAAGCCAGGUCUGAGCAAUAGCGACAUCAUUCGAGUGAAGAAACUCUACUGUUAAACUAAUAAAAUGAAUUGAAACUCCUAAA